AUGUUUUUUAACGGCAAAACAUGUUUGUUAUUGACAGCAUGUUUUGCUUCAACAUUAUCGGUUGUAUACGGAGCAAUUGGAAACUUCCCAACAAUUGAUUUUGUAGAAGGUCCAUUAAAACCAUAUACUCCAAAAAAGCCAAGCCUUGACGCCUAUAAGACAAGGGGUGAGCUUGCAUUCAGUGAUGCUUUGGCAGCAUCUCAAACAUUUACAACAGGUUUUGAUGGGCUUUCUGAUUUGGAUGUAAAUACUGAUGGCAUUUACUCAAAGAAUUCAAGAACAAUUGAAAGGAUUCAAAGAGCAACAAAACUUGAGGUUGAAAUUGCUAAAAUAUUGUUCUGGAGAAUAAAGACUGAUGCUGAAUUGAGUGCAUUUGACGUAUCUCUUACUGUUUUAGAGAAGAUAGUUAUGGAUCUUUUCCGUAAGUAUGGUUUCAGUGCUACUACUUGCCAGGCUUUACUAGCAAAGGAGAGCAUUCCAAAAGAAAAAGCUAUGGAAUUUUGUUACAACUUGGAACCAUUUGCAUUGUUGGAGUGCCAUGCUUUAACAUGGCUGGACUUUUCAGUUGUAAUGGACAUUAAGUUUAGAAUGAAAAGAAGAGGUAUGUAUUUGGAAACAAAAGAUGUUUGUAGGCUUGUUGAACGAGUUAAACCAUCUUUAAUUCCUAAGCCUGAAAGAAAGUCAAUCUUUGGAAAGUGCCAGACCGUAGUAAAUAGCGAGUUAAUGAGAAAUUAUGGUGUAACCAAUAUGGAUGUUGACUUGAUUUGUACAGUAAUGGAUUAUACUAUUCAGCCAGCUUGUGCUGAUCUUUCUAAAGAUGAACUCUCUGAGGUAAUGAAGCUGGGUUUACAUUUGGGUAAUUUUAUUUAUCCAAGAUUAUUCCCGAUAUUUGUAUCCGAUCUAUGUAUUGCCAGGAAAAUGAUGAAACGUGGCCCAAGCAGGGAAAAAUGCAGAAAUUCAUUGGUAAGAGUACUAAUUGAGAGAGCCGAUGAGUACGCAGAAUCAGUCGUAGCAGACAGUUGGGCAUUGUAUACUGAAAUAUGGAGGUCGUGUGCUUAUGUAUAUAAACGAAAGGCAACUGGGGCUGAAAAGGCAAGACUUGACAGGAUUUUCCCAAGAAUUGCAUUCGGAUCUAUUUGGUCAGACAGGAAAUAUAGGGGCCAUAAUGCUGAUUAUCCACCAUCGGAUCUUGCCAGUAUUCAUGGUGAAACUGUUGAAGUUGCUCCAGAUGUGACCGAAGAUAGUGAAUUAGAUUUAGACUUAACUUCAGAAUCAUCUAUCGAUCUUGGUUCUGGUGUUAAGACAGAUUCUUCAAUUGAAUUGGGUACAGAUGUUGGAUCUGAAUCUUCUAUUGAUUUGAGCUCAGAUAUGUCUGUUGAACUUGAAGGAUCAGAGGGAGUUUCUCUAGGCGAUGAUUCAGGUUCUGGUAGAUCUAAGUACUACAAAUCUUCAAGAGCCGCGGCAAGAAAAGCUGUUGCACCAAGAGAGAGAUGGGUGUCUUCAAAAACAAAGGCUUUGGAAACCCCCGACCAAUUCCUGUGGUCAUCAAGGCAGUCAGUUGCUUUAAACUCUGUUCAAAAGGCAUGGGCACAAGUAUUGUAUUCAUUAUAUAGUCAAGAAGGCAAUAAGGCUUAUGGAAUUGAAGACUUUGAAAUUAUUGCAAGCAGAAUUGACCCAACAAAUUUGCAAAGAUCAUGUUCUAGACUUAUUUUCGCAAAGAUCAAGAAAUACCCGGGCCAUCAAAGGGAUGGAGCCGGUACUAGAUUUUCUGAGACUACAAUUGCAAACUGGUGUGCGGCUAUAGAUGGUGCAAGAAGCAAGGCGUGUCAGAGCCUUUCAGUACCUGCUCUUUUAUGGUCAAAGAGCGUUCUUAAAUCAUUGUCUUUAAUGAGAGAUGAAUCAAGCUUUGCAAUUGAUUUAAGAGACAUUUGCAGAUUUGUAAGCAAAGUUGAACCAUGGACCUUUACUAAGAAGGGUGGAUUCACUAAUCAUUGCAUAAGUAGCCUUUCUGAGCCAUUAUCCACAGCAAAACAUUCAACUCAGAUAUCAUUCCUUGAUAAGUAUAAAUUAAAUGAAAAGGAAUCUAAGCAAAUGUGCUUACUCCUUAAACCUGCUAACCACAAAUCAUGCACUAAGCUUUCAUCAGGAGAUCUUACUCUUGCAUAUAAAUUAGCUUAUGAGUUGGGCAAAAUUCAUAAUAAAGAAAAGAAGUUACAGGUUACUUACGAUUCUACUUGUAGAGUUAUUACCAGAGUUGGUAAGGAAAGUACUAUUGAGCAUUGCAUUCUUGCAACUGCAGAAUUUGUAGGUUACAUUGCUGUUGAUAGCGAUGUUGCUGGCAAGGAAUUCGAAACUGGUGUAGCCAAUGCAUGUGAAAAGAUAUUCGAAGCAAAGGAACCUAAAGAAACGUCAAAGCUGGCUAACUCCAUUAUUGAGGAUGUUUAUUCAGACAUUGCAAAGCAUAUGCCACCUCAGCCACAGGAUUAUGAUGCUAUUAGGAGGAAAAUUGUUAUUGGCGAUGAGCUAAUAGAGGAAACGAGGGAAAUUGGAGGAUUUGAUCGUGGAGAUUUUGCUAAAAGAAAUGCAGGUUCAAGAUUGUUAUCAUCAACUUACUUCAAACCAGUUGGUUCAAAUGAAGAAGAAUUCUGGACUCCAUUUGGAUUAGAUCCUGCAUUAAUCAAGAAAGAUGUUUAUUCCGGGAUUGGAGCUGCUGCACCUGUGCCGAUGGAUGACUAUUAUGAAAAAUCUGAGUUUCAAUCUGGAAUUACAAUGGAUAAUCAAUGGAUUGAAAUUCAGCAGACCAGUUUUAAAAAGUCAUUAUCUGAUAGGCUUAGGGAUGAGUUUGUUAGAACUGCACCAUCCUCAUUAGUUGUUGAAUCAUCUAACAUUCCGGAAUUUUCAAAACUUGUUGAUGAGAUUGAUUUAGCACCAAAUGCUAUUUAUGUAAGUUGUGUUAAAGUUCUUAAGAAACACAAAAUACGCUCUGAAGUUGCUGAGGUUGUAUGUAAGAGAAUUGAUCCAUAUGCAGCACCUGCAUGUAAUGGUUUAAUGAUUGUUUUGCUCGACCAUGCUGAAUAUGUUCACUCAUAUCUCACAUCAUUGGUGAAGAAGGAGGCAUUUGAUUUAUCUGACUUCUGUAAGGUUAUGCACGCAUUGAAUCCAUUUUCAAACAGGUCUGGAGAAGUUGGAAACAUUUCAAACAACUGUGUUAAAAACCCAGUAAUGUUUAACUUCCAAAGGAAAUAUUCCUUGUCAAACAGACAAAUGACAAAGCUGUGUUCUAAAUUAGAUUUCACACGUACUGAGUCAUUUGCUAGAUUAAAUAGCUCACAGAGGGCAAGAGUUAUUUCAUCUUCAAAAGCCAUUUCUUUAUUGAUUUCUGAUAAGUACCAAGAAGUCUAUAAGAAAUUUGGUGGAGUGUUCUGGGCAAGACAUAUUCCAAGAGUUUCGGUUUCAAAUAUGAUCAAUUUGAUUUCUCAUACUGGGGAGGUUGAGCCUGUUAAGGAGAAAUGCGAAUAUGAAUGUCAAUCUGGAAGCCCAUUCUUCUCACGAGUCUUAGCUGACACUGAGAUCUGUUACAAAUCGUGUAUGUCAUUACCAGGUUUAGAUGGGAGACCUCUUGUUGGUGAUGAAAAAGUAGGUUCAGAUUCACAAUAUUCUGGUUUGAGACCCAGGACUUACCAAACCUAUGAUAGAUACGGUUCUACCACAGAAAAACCAUUAACAAAAACUGUCUGGUGGAUGGCUGACCAAUAA